GAAACGGCGCCCGGGUUCCAUGUUUGCAUCCGCCUCGCGGGGAGGAAACUCCAUGUUGUAACAAAGUUUCCUCCGCGCCCCCUCCCUCCCCCUCCCCCUUAGAACCUGGCUCCCCUCCCCUCCGAAGCUCGCGGGGAUCCCUCCCUCCCACCCCUCCCCUCCCCCCCGCGCCCCGAUUCCGGCCCGAGCCGGGGGGGAGGCCGGGCGCCCGGGCCAGAGUGCGGCCGGAGCGGAGCGCGCCCGGCCCCAUGGACAGCUCGGCCGUCAUUACUCAGAUCAGCAAGGAGGAAGCGCGGAGCCCGCUACGGAGCAAAGGUGACCAGAAGUCAGCGGCUUCUCAGAAGCCCCGGAGUCGGGGCAUUCUCCAUUCACUUUUCUGCUGCGUCUGCCGGGACGAUGGGGAGGCCCUGCCCGCCCACAGUGGGGCGCCCCUGCUCGUGGAGGAGAACGGUGCUGUCCCCAAGCAGACCCCAGUCCAGUACCUGCUCCCCGAGGCCAAGGCCCAGGAUUCAGACAAGAUCUGCGUAGUCAUCGACCUGGACGAGACCCUGGUGCACAGCUCCUUCAAGCCAGUGAACAAUGCCGACUUCAUCAUCCCUGUGGAGAUUGAUGGGGUGGUACACCAGGUCUAUGUGCUGAAGCGGCCCCACGUCGACGAGUUCCUGCAGCGCAUGGGUGAGCUCUUCGAAUGCGUGCUGUUCACCGCCAGCCUUGCCAAGUACGCAGACCCAGUAGCUGACCUGCUGGACAAGUGGGGGGCCUUCCGGGCGCGGCUGUUUCGUGAGUCGUGCGUCUUCCACCGGGGGAACUACGUGAAGGACCUGAGCCGGCUGGGCCGAGACCUUCGGCGGGUGCUCAUCCUGGACAACUCGCCCGCCUCCUAUGUCUUCCAUCCAGAUAACGCCGUGAGUGCCGGGCAGGAUGGGGAUGGGGGGCCCCUGCUGGGGUCUGGUCCUCCCAUUCCUCCCGCUUUCCUCAGUGACCCAUGCCUGCUGCCCACCUGCCUUGUCCACCACUGCUGCUCCCUGCCCUUUGUUAGUCACUCAGCUCAUCCUACCUGCAGAUACAGGGCGCCUGCCAUGGGCUUGGGUCCCUGCUGGACACUGGAGCAGUUUCCAAUUUUCAUACCGCCAGUUGUGAGCUCUUAGUGGAACACGGAAAUAAUUUAGUGGGUCUUAGUUGGGAUUUUUUUAGAAAAUGAAAUAGAACUGAAAAUAUCAGAGUGCUUAGCACACAGUAAGGUUAAGUACGGUUCCGUAGAACCUCUGCUCUGACCUGUGUGUAAAUGUGACCCACUGGGGCUGCCGUCAGAAUGUUUGAAGACUGUGGGUAAGGGGCUUCCAGGAGGUGGCCUGUCGAGCAGUGGGUGCUCAGGAUCGACACGGACAGUGUGUGCUCGGGGCCGCCUGCCCCCCUCACCGCCCUACACCCAUCU